UGCAACUAAACAGCUUUAUUGAGGGUUGAAACAUUCCCCAACGAACUAAGCCCGUCUAAAGUUAGUAAUAGAAUAAUCUGCGACUUGUUAAGAUCUAACAACAACAAAAAAUAUAAUAAUAUAUUACAACAUAAUAAAUUUAUCUAAACAUUAAACAAUGGUUUUGUAUUCGUUAAAUUUUGCGGCGACAGUGAUAUUUGUGAUAAUAGUUUGUAUUUAUGGAGAGAAUGCAGUAGCAGUUGAAUUAUCAUCAUAUUUGGAUAAUUCAGAAGUAUUAAAUCCUGUAAAGCGAUCAACAGGUACUAAAACAUUGGAAAACUCGAACACGAUUUGUGGACAAGAAAAUGAGAAGACCACAGGCUGGUCAAGAUUCCCGUGGAUAGUUGCGAUUUUAAUGAAAGAUGUUGGCGACUUAAAAUAUCUAUGUUUAGGAAAUCUUAUUUCUUCGAAGACGGUUAUAGCUGCUGCCCAUUGCGUUGGAAAUAUUGAAUCGAAGGAAAUUGUUAUAUCAAUGAAUUGGAACAACCUUAAAGAUUGGUCGGAUGCUACCAAUAUUGAUGUUGAAAAAAUCAUACUACAUCCAGAAUUUAUGAUAGAACAAAGCUCUGUCGCAGAUUUGGCCGUUCUACACCUUAAACAAAGUAUACCCCCUAAAGAUUCGGUCAAUCCAAUUUGUAUGUGGCAGGGGCCUACUGAUGUCGAUAAAAUUAAAGAUGUAUCUGGAGCUGUCAUUAGCUGGGGCCCAAACGGAAAAGGCAGUAUAAAAUCAAUUCCCAAAUUGAUCAAUGUAACCGUUCUCUCAGAAUCAACUUGCAUAAGAUCGAAUAACUUAGUGAGUCUUUUGCUUUCAAAUACAACUUUAUGUGCCAAACCUGAAGAGGAUAGUGAUGGAAUGUGUAUCGGAGAUAGUGGAGCUGGAUUAAUGAUAAAGAAGGGAACUACAUGGAUGCUGAGAGCUAUAGUAAUAAGCAUAGUGGGUAGCCCAAAUGAUGAUGGUUGUUAUCCUAAUAAGAAUGCCAUUUUCACGGAUACUGUUUCUUUGGAUAAAUGGAUUCGAUUAAAUACUUUGUGAAACUAUACUUGAAUAAAUUGACAAAGAAUGGUGUAAAGAUGUGUAUUUUCUUUUAAAACU